AUGUCCGCGUCGCGAUCACCAGAGGACAUCGAUAUUGGGCACGUGCUGCUGGAGGCGCGCACGCGAUGGCUCAAGCCCGUCGAGGUGUGCAACAUCCUGCAGAAUUUCCGCAAGUACGAGUUCCAGCUCAACCAAGAGCCGCCCGCCAAGCCGCCAAGUAAGGGUCGUCGACCGUUGGCCCUCGGGAUCUCCCCACUCCCCUUCCCCACCCUUCCUCCCCUUCCCCCUCCCCACCUCCCCCCCCCCCUCCUCCCUCUCUGGCCCCCACUCCCUCUCCCCCGUGUUCUCCGCUGGAUUUAUGGAUCUUGUUUGUUCGAGUUGACC